AUGGCCGAUCAACUCAAAGCCGCAGAGGCUCUAUAUCAGGGGAGCAAUGAUAUCACCCACGCCGUCAUUGGCGGAUUUGCUGCCGUUUUACUCGGCCACAAUCGUAGCACUCAAGAUGUUGAUGUUGAAAUCAACUUUGCAGCCAACAUGAGAGACGAGCUUGUGCAGCUCUUGAUAGAGCAAGACAACAGAUUCGCAGUCCAGCACCGUAAACUGUUAUUCGCGCCGACGGACUCCGCCGAUAAAGUUUUGAUUGAAACCCUCCCUUUGGGAGAGCUUGGACUUCCACGCGAGCUUCGUAUCUUCAAGCUUGAAAGCUCCGAAAUUCCUAUCCUCCAUCCCGCCGUUCUUAUCUUGACCAAGAUGAAGCGCGCAGCGCAACUUAUCGCCAGUACGCGCCCUUUGCCACGCGCCAAGUUCCACGCCGACUGUUCGGACAUCACGUACCUUUUGAACUGGCUUGCGCAGCGAGACGCGACGAUUGAUUUCGUCGGAUACAAAUCUGCAACGGUGGAUCGCUUGUACAAGGCAGUCAUCGAUCUCGUCCACCAUUGGCGAACAACCGACCGGGAUAUGGUUGAUCUGCUGGCUUCAGUUCUUGAGCCGGGUGAUCGCGAGAAAGUUAUGGAUGGUUGA